GCCGUUAACACUGUCUAGAUGCACUCGGACGUCAUGUCCCACUCUUUCUUUUCUCAUUACCGUCUCUCCCUCUCUCACUCCUCAUCGUUCACUACAACAUCGCCCGUUGUUACCAAACUCCAACUCAUCUUGAUGCUGUGGGGUCCCAAAUUUCAGCAUUCGCUGUUGUCGCUUCCUAGCGGCCCCCUUUUUCCCGGCACUGCGGGUUUGAUUGUGCGUCUACUAGGGUGCUCCGUGAUGUGGGCUAGGCUGAUUCUCUUCGUCGGAUCCCGUCCCGCAGGUCUCGUCUCGUCUCGUCUCGUCUCUUUUCUCGAAUCCCGAAUCCUCUCAGGUAGCCGCCUUGCUCGAUGCCGAGCUCUCAUGUCUCAUCGCCAUGCUGCUGAUCUCUGCAGCCUCCAUCACCAUGUUGGAGAUUAUCCUGGCUCGCUGGCCAGUCGCAGUCCCUCAGCUCAUGACAGUGCCAGCUCCGGGUCCAGCUCGUCCGUGGCUAUCCUACAGCCACGAACACAAUGGCCAUACCGACCAGUCCCUAUGCCUACUAGCUCUGGGCUCGUGAGGCUCCUCUAAAUUGUCCAGUCGCAUCGCGAUACGACCCUGGGGCGUUCUCAUAGAUGAUUACAUUUAAC